AUGGGGACCUCGUCACCUCCAUUCCUUUAUGAUCGCCCGGCCGAUUACAGCUUCAAGGGCCCGACCGAUCGCGGGUUCAACCCGAGAGCCGCCACCGAGGCAAGCUGGUCCCAACCAGCCGAGAAGCCCAAACCGAAAGGGCCUCUGGUGAAUUUCAAUCGUCACCCCGAUACGUGGGGUUCUUUUAAUACGGCCACAUCAUUUACGCCGAUGAACCCAAGAACCAAGGAUCGGGUCAAAUACGCACGGACAGCCCAAUUGGUUCUUCGCGUGAUCACUCUUUUGGGUGCCCUUGGCUCUUUGUUCUGCUCCAUUGUUAUCAAAGGAGCUGCUGCGACUAUCAUUUGGAUCAUUCGUGCCGGCCCAAUUGUUGCGAUCCUCCACACGAUUUAUGGAAUUGUACACAACUCUCGAUCUGUUGUCAACCGGCCCGCCGGCUCUCAAGCUAGCUAUGGUGUGUUUGCAUCGACCCUGGACUUUGGACUGGUCCCCUUCUAUGUCUUCACCGCAUACAUUGCGUAUGAAGAGUGGACAUCCAAUGCAUACAAGUGGGGGACUCUUUUCAACAACAGCGACAUCACACCCACAAUUGCCGAAACCACUUUCAUCCUGGCCCUCGCAAAUGGCGCUUUCCACCUUGUGUCUCUCGCCAUUUCUAUCUUCCUGGCUGUAACCUUCCGCAAAAUCACCCGAUUGCCGCCUGACAUGAACCCGCUUGAGGACAACCUGACUGCACGCCCGCGUAAGAGUCGUAAGGAGGCUGACGCGGAUGAGAAGCAUCUUAGCCAGUCCACUAUGGGGUCUUCUUUCGAGGACCCACUCAUUGGAUCUCCGCGUAGCGUGCCAUUCUUGCAUACACGUGAACAAUCUCUCGGUGACUCUAACCGCGGGUCAAUGACUAUGGCGGAGGAGCAGCGGCAAUCGUAUCCCCCAGUCCUUCACCACCGCCUAUCCCACUUGGAAUCUCCCACAGAACCUUCAAGCCCGGAGAUGCUCUUCCACCACCCUGCAAGUCAGCCGUUUGAUCUCACAUCGACAUCUCCAACUCCCACCCCGGAAUACAGAAAGGUUGCCUCCCACGCCCCGGAGAUUAUCAAUGCCACGGCUCAAAUGCGCCACCUGUCCUCUCGCACUGCCGACCGAUCGGAUACCGUCAGCCCUUUGUCUGAUAAUUGGGUUGCAUACUCGGAACGAUCAAUGUCGCCGGACGCGCAGAAUAUGAAUGAAAACACACUCCGCCAGUCUUCUUCGGUUUACAGCCGCCAGACCGAGAAAACUUCAACCUCGACCGGCAGCGGCCUUCGGGAUUGGUUUGCAUAUGGAUCUAAGCCUACGCCCAGCAUUGGAAGUGCUAUCCCCGAGGAUGUUCGUGGAGAAUAUGCGUCACUCGCUAUGCACGAGUAUUACGGUGUUGAUGACCAUGAUUACGAGCAAGAUGUUGGCGACCAGCGCAUGGAUAUUUUCCCAGACCCGGAAGAGCACAACGAUGACUUCGUUGAAGACCGUGAUGACUCUAUCCCAUUCAACCCCCUUAUGCUUAACCCACCCACCCCUCAACCCAUUUUGUCCGAAAUCUCAGAGAACACCGACCCUGUUCGACGUGUCGCUUUGAGUGACCAUCCCAAUCUUUCAUAUAACGAAAACACCCAGCCCGUCUCCGUUCCACACGAAAGCCCUAAUCCUUCUUCACCUAAGAGUCGCUUCUAUGGUGAGCUGGAUGUGGAUGGCAAGCCUGGGCUCGGGCUGGACCGGGAACCGAGUGUUCAGCUGGCUCGCAAACCCACCAAGUUGACAAAGAAGCAAAGCAAGAAGAUGUCUGCCUAUGCUGCUCUCAAGAAGGACGACAGUGGCGAUGAAGCUGGAUACCUCUCCCCUAAGAUCCCCACCUCGCCUCGUGCCAUCGAGGGUGACCGCAAGGGCCGCGUUGUGAGUAACACCGGUGCCGACACCGCUAGACCUAGUGUCGCCGCUGGUGUUGGGGCCUCCUUGUCCUCGUACGGAAGCUACAUUGCUGGUCUAGGCGUUGGCCGUCGCCGUGAUGUGAGUGGAAAGGUUGCCGAAGAAGGACGCAGUGCACCGGUCGUCGAAGAGUUGGUCCAGAACCCAACCCCAACCCCCUCGCCCACUCGUGCAGCAGGAUGGGCGCGCUUUGCUGGACUAUAA